AUGAAGUCCGAGACUAGCCAGACGGACGAACCAUCCGGCAACGAUGCCAUGAUCACUCCCAACCAUUAUACACAAGGGCCGUGGCAUAGCACAAGCCCUUACAGCCAAAGCCCUUACGGAAAUAGUCCCUUGAACGAGGUGGAAAGAAGCACUGUGUCCAAGGUUUUGCGCAACAAGGAGAUGUAUCUCAAAGGCGAAGUCGAAAAAGAUUCCAACGGCAAACGUACAAACGGGAAGAACCCUGAUUUUGAACGCACGCUCGGGAACUAUAUUCGGAAACAAAGAGAGCACGGACUUCCGAUGAGCGACACCGAGAUCAUGGAUAGAGCGCGCCAAUACGCUCGCGGCAGCCCCAACCACCAGGCGAUCCUCGCCAAAUUGACACCGUCUUGGCUGAACAAGUUCAAGCUUAGAUAUUCGAUCGAUACUACAGGAGGGGCUCUGAGACGUGCUUCUGAGCCAAGCAUUCCUGAGAAAUUAUCAUUCUCUGCCAGGUUCCCGGAUAUCUCGCCGACGUCGCCAUCGGCACAGACUUCGCCAUUGUCUGUGAGCCCUAGCGACGAUGAUCUACAGUCCCGUGGAAAGCACGACUUCACAUAUCGCCAGUUUGCAUCUCAGUCAGAAACCUCACUGACGAACAACGCGACGUCAUUUUCCUCGGAACUCAUUAGCCCCGUUGGGCCGUUUGGCUAUUCGCCUGAUGGACAUUCUUCGGGAUUCCCCUUGGACCCAGAGUUUGAAGCUGAACAGAAGCGGAACGGCUCCUUUCAUUCGAUGGAAGUGGAAUAUGCCAGCCAAAUGCAUAGCGAAGCCACCGACUCUACCUUGGUGACGCCCCGCAAUGCUCCGCCCGCGUGCAAGCAAGAGUCUCCUGUUGCCGAUACCAUGGCCUCCAUUCCCAGCAUGCGCCUUUGUGGGAAGAAACUGAAUACAGGUGUCAGGGUUUCACCGACUACGCCAAGCCCAGAAGAUGCGCAGCGCGCAGCUGCUACUCUGUUGAAUUAUCUCCAGAACCUGGGCCAUUGCGGCCAAUUUGAGCAUGAAUAUUCGACCAUCAUGAAGCUCACCAUGAAACUAGACAUACACACGAAUCAUUUUCCUUACCAUGAAGCGAGAGGCCUGGCGAGAAUUGCGGAAGGAGACGGGGAACUGAUUGCUGCUGGUGGAGGUGAUGACUAG